ACAUAUAUAGCGGUGACAUCUCUUCUGCGUGGAAGUACUACUUACCUAUAAGUAUGAUGCGCGUCUCAGUUGUUCCGAUCUCUCCAUGAAGCAUUUUGAAUUCAGUGUGCCAAGCUGAACAUGAAUUUCUCAACUCCAGAUUUCCCACCCCUUGCCACCCUCCUGUUUGUCAUAAGCCAUGUCACAGACGAGGCUUGGUCGCGAGCGGGAAGGUGGUGUCUCAUUGCCUUAGCACUUAUCAUCACUGAUAGGAUCGCGAGGACGCUUCUGCGAAACUAUAGCUUCGACCGCUUCGCCAAAGCCAACAGAUGCCUGGCAGUUCCCAUAGCAGCGAACCCCUUCCCCUUGCCCUGGAGCAUCGGGCGCAAGUAUGAGGUAUACAAGGCUUCCGUAGCCGGCGACCUGUUCGAGGGCCAUUUCCAGCGCAAGUACGCCAAGCACGGCAACACCCACGCCAUCGUCUCCCCGGUGAUGGGGACGCAGAAAGGGAUCAACACAGUGGAACCCGAGAACAUCAAAGCCGUCCUGGCAACCCGUUUCGACGAUUACAAGCGCCCGGCGUUUCGGUCGCUGGCGGCUCAGCCUAUGCUUCUGCCUGGACUAUUCACGACGGACGGACCUAUAUGGGCCCACUGGCGGGCUAUGGUCAAGCCGCAGUUCACGCGUAGGAGAUUCGACCAGAACGUUGCCGACAGCGAGAGGCACAUGGAACUUGUGUUUACCGCCCUAGGAAAGCCGAAGGCGGACGGUUGGACAGGCGAUGUGGAUCUUCUGGACCACCUCUAUCGACUGACGAUGGACACGGCGACGCAGUUUCUCUUCGGCGCUUCGGCGGAGACGCAGACGGCGGCGUUGGUCCGCGCGGGGAAGAUACCCGCCGAGACGCAUAUUAAGUCGCUUCUAGACGGAUUCGAUGAUAAAUUUCUGGAGGCCGGGAGUUACGUGGGGCAUCGGAUAAAGCUAUCCAACAUGUACUGGGUGUACGAUGGUUUCGCUUUUAGAAGAGCCUGUCGGGAAUUGUACGUCAUGGUCGACGCGUACAUUACCGACGUCCGGAAACGAUCGGCCUUGCGGACACAAGAGGAAAAGGAAGAUGGGUUGUACUCGAAUGUUAUCGAAGAGAUGGAAGCGCAGGGAGCCUCGCAGCGCGACAUGGUGGAGCAAGUUAUGCACCUCCUCGUCGCGGGAAUGGACACGUCCGCUGCUGCCCUAGGGUGGACGUUCAGCAUGCUUGCGGCGCACCCGGAUAUCUAUCACAAGCUCCGCGAAGCCGUCGUUGAAAAAUUCGGCACCGAAGCGAACAGACUGGAGCCGUUCACAUUGGAGACAUUGAAGAGUUGCGAAUAUCUGCAGUGGGUUAUUCAGGAGACGCUAAGGCUCUUCCCUGCCGGACCUAUCAAUGUCCGAGAAGCCGUUAGGGAUACCGUACUUCCCGUUGGCGGCGGCCCGGACGGCAAAAGUCCCGUUGCGGUCCGGAAAGGAGCCCGAGUACAGCUCGGAACUUACUAUACACACCGAAGAAAGGACCUAUGGGGAGAUGACGCUAAUGAAUAUCGCCCCGAGCGAUGGAGUGGUAGGAGAAAGGGCUGGGACUUCACUCCCUUCAGCGGUGGACCUCAGAUCUGUGUCGGCCAGGGUUACUCGAUGACGCAAGUUUCGUACGCCAUCGCUAGGUUCGCUAUGCAUUUCGACAAGAUGGAGCCCUCUCCGGGAAGCAAUAAUGCGAAACGCUCGUGGAUGACUGUACUUACACCGGGGGACGGCGUGAAGGUCCGGAUGCACCUAGCACCGGAUACUAUUCCAUGAUAAGCUGCUUAUUUUUAUUUGGUUAAUAUGGAUUCUUCUAAUGCCGUUAUUUGUUGACAUUAUUUUCAUAUUAUGCAAUGGUAGAUAGAAUUUG